AUGUGGAGCCACGGGGGAGGGCACCCGCAGCAGUACCAGCAGCAGCAGCAGCAGCAGCAGCACCAAAUGCAGCAGUACAUGCAGCAGCAAAUGGGGGGCUACGGCUCUGCUGGCUUCGACGCUGCGCAGCAGCAGCAGAUGCACCACCACAUGAUGCUGCAGCAGCAGCACUACAUGCAGCAGCAGCAGCAGCAGUACAUGCAGCAGCAGCAGCAGCACACCCCCGGGGCCUACUCCUACCAGCAGCAGCAAAUGUAUCCCCACAGCUACGGCUUUUCUUCCCCUGCUUCUGCUUCUUCCUACGGCUCGCCUGCUGGUGCUGCUGCUGCUGCUGCAGCAGGAGGCAGCUCAGCAGCAGCAGGGGGAGCAGCAGCAGCAGCAGCAGCAGCAGCAAGCCCCUAUGGCCAAACCACCCCACAAGUCUCUCCUUAUGGAGCAGCACUAGGCAGCAGACAAGCUGUGCCCCCACCUGCAGACCCUGAGCUCGCCAAGAGGAUCCGCACCAUGGCAGGUUAG